AAAUUCUUUAAUGAAUGCUUCUUCUUCUGCGUCAGAAGAAACAAUAGGAGGAGAAGCAGUUAAAAAAUCGGAUCUUAAAGUUUUAAUGGGUGAUGAAGAAGAAUUCGAAAGCGGAAUUAAACCAGCAUUACAACAACACAAUCAUGAACAAUAUAUCGUUAUAGUAUCAAAGUAUGGACAAAUUGAAGAUGAUUUAUAUUUAGAUCCCAGAUCACAACAAACCUUUAAAUUCGAACACGUGCGUCAUACUGUAACAGAUGUGCAACCAUAUACUGUAGAUUCGUCAAUAGAACCAUUAAGAGCCGCGACUGAUACAGCAAUUUUAGAAUAUAUCACAGAUCAUUAUCCUAAUGGUGUUUCGUCAGUUUAUUCUACCGAUGAUAAUAGUACUUUAUCGAUUACUAUUGUAGAUAAUAAAUAUAAUCCUCAUAAUUUAUGGAAUGGUCGAUGGCGUUCAACUUGGGUAAUUUCACCUGAAUCAAAUGAAUUAAAAGGAACUAUUAAAGUGAAUGUUCAUUAUUUUGAAGAUGGUAAUGUCCAAUUGAAUGCUUCCAAGGAAGUUGAAAUUACAGCUUCACCGAAUUCUGAGGAACCAGCUGAUAAAGCUAAAGCUUACACUAAAUCAAUUACCAACGCUGAAAAUGAAUUUCAAAGUUCAUUAAACGAAUCUUAUAUUGAUUUAUCAGAAAAUACUUUCAAAGGACUGAGACGUGCACUUCCUUUGACGCGUCACAAACUCGAUUGGGAUAAGAUUUUGAAUUACAAAAUUGGUCAAGAACUUGCAAACAAAGCAACAUAA